GGUGAAGAUGAAUGUCCUGAAUGGACAAUAGUCCAAAAAUGGAACAAAAAGAAAAUUGCCUAAAAUUGGAGUGGAGUAUAUGUUGGAUAAUUAAUCGUUUCUUGUUGGAAUCUGUUUUGUUGAGUAAGAAUGCAUAUGCGGGAGACUGGUUUGAGGUGUUGAAUGGUGAAGUAUGUGCUGGGAGAGGUGGAGUCUGUCAGAGUGACCAGGAGUGUGGUCUUAUUCUGAUUAGUUUUAUUUCUGAAGAGCAGAGGAAGAUUGCAGUGAGCCUCAAAAGAAUCCGGACAACAGAAGUAUGGUGCUUUGAACUUCGGAGCAGAGCGCUCAUCGAAGGAGUCAUCUCAGGGGUGACGACUGAUGUUCAGGUUGAAUACCUGCAGAGAAAUCCUGGGUUGAUGGAGCCAGACUUGGAUUAAACUAAGUACUGUGACACAACAUCUGUAAAGAAGAGAGGAGGAGAGACGUCAAGAGCAGAAACAUCUGUAAAUCUCUAAGGGUUCCCUAAUCUGCAUAUUCAUACCACGGGAACCACAGACUGUUUGUGGUUUGACAUCUUGUGACUGUCAUUGACACAACAGACAAAACUCAUCAUAAUGGAAUCUCUCUCACAACAAGAGUCCAUUCUAGAUUGUCAGAUCUCACAACAAGACUCCAUGUUAGAAUGUCAGAUCUGUUUCAACUAUUACAGUUUGUGGCGUAGGCCCAAGCUCCUGGACUGCCAGCACACCUGCUGCUCAGUGUGCUUGACCCAGAUGAGGAUGAGCCAGAGUGAGCUGCGCUGCCCCUGGUGUCGCUUUGUCACCACUUUGCCCCCAGGGGUCUCUGUCUCCCAACUCCUAGAUGACCCGGACACUAUGGCCAUCAUCUCUGUCCCAUACACACCUGUCUUCAUACGGCUGCCGUGUAACGCCUACCUUCCAGUAGAACACCAUGAGAGGGCUACAGGGAUGGAGGAGGAACAUGGAAUGAUGGAAGGGGAGGAAGGUAGUUGUACGAGUGCAUUUGGGACCAGGUUCUGCUUAGUGGCUGUUGUGGGAUUUGUCCUACUCUUACUUGUGUACAUUAUACUGCACAGCAUGACCUGCAACUCAGAACGGUUCACCAUGAUAUCCUGUGGCUGAAAGACUUGAUGAUGAUAAUAAUAAGCUAUUUGGGAUCUUUAUAUCUCACUCCCCAAAAUUCCAGGACAUUGUCACAAUGCCAACAUUCAGGCUAUUUCUUAACCACAAAUAGUACUGCCAUACUGAGUAAGGAAAUGGUUGCCAUACAUUGUAUUUCAAAUGUGUUCAGAUAUAUUGAGUCAUUAUUUAUUUAUUUUUUUCAAAUGAUUUCUCAUGUCUUUGUGCAAUAGACAGUUAAAAAAUUAAACCAAUCACCAUUAUGCUUCUCUGUUGUGAUUCACCCAGAAAAGCACAAAUCAAAUGUUAUUGUCACAUACACAUUUAGCAGAUGUUAUUGCGGUUGUAGCAAAAGGCUUACUUGUGUUAAUUCAUAUGAAAAACAUAACUGACCCAUUUUUAGAGGUCUGUGAAUUGUAUUUCUUCAAGUCUUCCUUUUCACCUACAGGUGAUGCUACUUGACUUUUUUAGUGACAUUUUAAUCUUUAGGUCCCACACAAUCAAGGCUCUAAAUUAAUAUUUUUAAGAUGGAAGAACUGUCAGAAAAGCAAACACUUUUUUGCCCAUCAAGAUCAGGGUUUACUCUAAUCAUUUCAUUACUGGUUCACCAGCUGACCUCUAUCAAGACACCCAUGUCAACUGGAUUCCUACUGUGAAGAGGAGCAACAUCAGUUUCUCCUUCAACUUGAUACUUUUCCAAAUAUGAAAGGAGACAUCCCUCAGUUAUAUGAGAUGGUUGUCAUAUGCUGUGCUUUGGACAAUCUGAAUGAUUCUGUUGUGUCAGAUAUGUAGAGAGCACCUUCACCUUGUCGUCAUGACUAAACUGCCCCCUCAAAGUGUGUGUGUGUGUGUGUGUGUGUAAUUUGGAACUUGUAAAAGACUAUCGUUUGUAUUGUAAACAUACUGUACUUAAAUAAUAUAUUGUUGUAUGGGUGAAAUGAAAGUAUUUUACUAUCUCUUCUUUGCCUAGCCCCAUUGAAUAAAAAGCAUUUCUUAGCCCAA